CGUCAACACUGUCAACACUACAACAUAUUCGGUCAUCGGCAUUCGGCACGUCUCUUAUUUCGCGUCAAUUGCUUGUUCUCACUACCCGAGCUAAGGCUACUUGCGACUUGCGAUCAACCGAAUUUUCAUCCGUUCCGAUCUUACGAUGGCCAUCUCAAAACCCGAAUUAGCCUGCGUCUACGCCUCACUCAUCUUGGCCGACGACGACAUCGACAUCACGGGAGAGAAAAUCCAAACAGUCUUAAAGGCCGCUAAUGUUGAAGUUGAACCAUACUGGCCUGGUUUGUUUGCCAAGGCUUUAGAAAAUGCAAAUGUUAAAGAUUUAAUCACAAACAUUGGAUCAGCAGUAGGAGCUGUACCGGCUGCAGGUGUCGCAGCCGCUGCCCCAGCAGCUGAAGCCAAGGAAGAAAAGAAAGAAGAGAAGAAGGAAGAAGAGAGUGAAGAGGAAGACGAUGAUAUGGGCUUUGGUCUAUUUGAAUAAAAAUCUACUUCAUCGACUGACUUUCCUCAUACAAAAAUAACAACAUUAACUUUAUUUGUUUUAUAUUGUAACUUGUACAACUAUGCAGAUUGAAUUAUAUGUUGUUAUAUUUUAUUA